AUGACGUUUCAUAAAUGUCCACUGGCCAAGAUUCUCCUGGAUGGAGGGCUGGACGGAUACAACGGCAUCUUUUUGGAAGACUCUCGGUCUUUUGUUCCUCCUCAGAUGAAGGAGAUCCUGGAGAAGGUCGGCUGCUGCAUUGUGGAGCAGAGCCAGGAGCUGGUCCCGGCAGACAAAAUCCUCUAUGCCCUGAGGGAUGCCACGGCCACCGUGGACAGCGUGCCUCUCGCCACCAGUUCCAUCCUGGGMAAGAAGGUGGCUGAGAACCUCACUGCUUUGGUGCUGGAUGUGAAGAUUGGGAYUGGCGCCUUCUUCCCAACCCUUGAGAGUGCCCAACAGUUGGCAGAGAGUUUGGUGUCGGUCGGGACCCAGCUGGGAAUAAACACUGUUGCGGUCUUCAGCAAGAUGGACAGCCCUCUUGGGCGUCGGGUGGGCAAUUCCUUGGAGGUGCUUGAGGCCCUGGAGUGCCUGGAUGGAGGGGGGCCCAAGGACGUCCGGGAGCUGGUGACCACGUUAGGAGGAACCUUGUUAUYGCAAUGUGYGAGAGCUCCCUCUGUGUCUCAGGGCUCUGCUCGCAUCGCCAAAGCCUUMGAUGAUGGCUCAGCCCUGGGUGCCUUCCAAGCCAUGCUGGAGGCCCAAGGCGUGGGCUCCAACACAGCUAAGGCCCUCUGCAAUGGAACGGAAGAGCAGAGACUCCAGGUGCUGGGAAGGGCUCGGUUCCAGGUCGCGCUGGUGGCUCCAUGCGAUGGAAUGCCAUGGAUCUGGAUCCAUCAUGACAGCCUUGCAUUAGGUGAUGCCAACCGAAGCACCCUCCAGAGCGCCCUCAUCCUCAGGGACACGGAGCCCUUUGUCCCUGGACCGAAGCGUCCUGGCAGUGAACCUACUAGUGGGUGUGAGAGGAGAAGGAGCGAUGCAGAGUUGGAGGAGGAACAGCGUCAGCUAAAACGCAUUAGGGAUGUUAUCAUGGCGCCCAGUGAGUCUGAGGACUUUGCAAGGUUUGGACCCGAGGACUUGGAGGAACUGGAUUACAGGGGAGUAAAACGUUUUGCCAGUGAGACUGACAGUGAUGAAGAAGUAAUGAGCAAGCGUCUUAAAGACGUAGCUGACAAUUGCAGUUCGGAUGAAUAG